GAGAAAUUGUGUCUUUUUUGAGAAGGUUUUAAAUGGGUGGGCGAAGCACUAUGGUAUGUAAUAGAAAAGGACCGUAUUUAGCUCCGAUGAGCUUGUCUGGGAAAUACGGGAUCAACUCACUCUCCAUUUAAUUUAGGGCAUUGUGUUUUCACUCUUCAUCUUUUCUUCUUAAUCCUAUUUCUUUAUCAAUUCACAUUUUCACAUUUUUAUAUACUAAUUAGAGUUACUUUUCUUUUUUCGACACAAUGAAGGUCCAAUGGGUCAAACGAGGAGUGAUAAACCACCAGAAGAUACAGAGCAAAAGCAACAAUUGUUCUUUUCUGGUUGGAAAGUAUCCGAGUUGUUGUCAUCCCUCGCGAAUAUUAAAAAUGAGCAGCGAAAGUACCGGUUAAUCUUGGAGCAAACACACAUCUCUCUCUUCUGUGUUGUACAGUCAGCAGUAAAAUCUAACUCCUGGGAUACUGCAGUGUGUGAAAACCAAAGCUUGUUCUCUGAUGAGUCUAUCAGUAGCAGUUGUUCUCAAAUAGAUGUUGUGAAGGAAAAUGCUGAAUCACCAAGAACAGAACAGAGAAUUCCUGGCAGAUGCGUAUCUGAGGACUUCAAACAACUGUCUAAAUCAAAGUCAAAAAUAUCUGUUGCUGGAGGGCACAAAAAAUCUUAUAUUUGUCCCCCUCUGCAUAAACUUAUACUCCCUUAUGUGUUCUUGAUCAAAAAUUGCCUUCCUAUGCCAAUUUCUUUGAUCCAACACAAAUGUUUCAAUGGGGAGAUAUUAUGCAAGAUGCAGCAUUUCAGGAAGGAGAGAAAAACCCAGCCAUCAUUUGAGACUUCUUCCAUUUCUAAAGUACACGCUUCUGAAGAUGCAACGUGGGCAGCAUCAGUGCAAACGUGUCUUCAUGGAUCAGCCAGCAUCCUACAUCCACAAGAGGGUGCAGUCAUGUCAGAAACACCAUAUGUGUUUUUCCACAAUCUGAGGGGACUGCAGUGGAAAUUGUAUAAAAGCAUAGUGAAGAGGAAGGAACCUUUACAAACUGUUUGGAGAGAAGCAAAUUACAGAACUUUCAAGAUAUUAAAGGGAAAACCCAAGAAGACAGACUACAUUCUCCCUUUAAUUUUUAAGGAUUCGAUAAUUGUCUCUGUUUAUCCUGCAUAUCAUGUUCUACGUCGUGAAUUUAAAUGGGAAUGACUGAAGCAGACAAAGCAAA